CCCCGCUCCGCCCCCUGCCCCCCGCGGCCGCGGCCCCGAGCGGCUCCGGAGCGGAGGGCCGCGCAGAGCCCAGGCCUUCCAAAGUCCACCCUUAUACGCUGCAUCUUCCGGAAGGCCCACCCCGUGGCCUUGAGAGCACCUUGGCUGCAGGGAGCUCUUUGUUGACCGGGCAAUUCCUUCUCCAGGCUGGUAGCUGGCAGGCCUGGGCUGGCCGCCCACUUCUGUUCACCGUGGAGCUGGGUUUCCUUGGGGACCAGUGGACUGGCUGGCUUCACCCCCCACCCCCACCCCAGCUCCUCCUGGACACAGCACGCUGGGAGGAGGGGGGAGGCUGGGAAGCCUCCUGGACCCCUGCCCCCCGGGCCCUGCCUUCCAGGACUAGGAGGCCUCAGUCCACUGCUGGGCUGGGAGCAAGAAGCAGUGGCUGUCCUUGGAGCAGAAAGUCCUGGAGGCAGCUCCAGCACCUCAGUAGGCCGAGAGGGUCCAGCCCCACGAGGGACACCCUGAGCCCCUACAACCCACCGUCUGUGUACCUGCCCCCCACCAUCUGCGGCCGCUCGCCAUGGGCGGGUGCUUCUCCAAGCCCAAGCCAGUGGAACUCAAGAUCGAGGUGGUGCUGCCGGAGAAGGAGCGGGGCAAGGACGAGCUGUCAGCCAGUGGGAAGGGCAGCCCCCGGGCCUACCAGGGCAACGGCACAGCCCGCCACUUCCAUACCGAGGAGCGCCUGCCCGCCCCUCAUCCCUACCCUGGAGCGCAGGACUGUGUGGAGGCUGCCAUCUGCCAUGUCAAGGACCUUGAGAAUGGCCAGAUGCGGGAAGUAGAGCUGGGCUGGGGGAAGGUGUUGCUGGUCAAGGACAACGGGGAGUUCCACGCCCUGGGCCACAAGUGUCCACACUAUGGUGCACCUCUGGUGAAAGGUGUGCUGUCCCGCGGCCGGGUGCGCUGCCCCUGGCAUGGCGCCUGCUUCAACAUCAGCACUGGGGACCUGGAGGACUUCCCUGGCUUGGACAGUCUGCACAAGUUCCAGGUGAAGAUUGAGAAGGAGAAGGUGUACGUCCGAGCCAGCAAGCAGGCCUUGCAGCUGCAACGAAGGACCAAGAUGAUGGCCAAGUGCAUCUCUCCAAGCGCUGGCCACGGCGGCAGCACUAAUGUGCUCAUUGUGGGCGCAGGUGCAGCUGGCUUGGUGUGUGCCGAGACGCUGCGGCAGGAGGGCUUCUCGGACAGGAUCGUCCUGUGCACGCUGGACCGGCACCUCCCCUACGACCGGCCCAAGCUCAGCAAGUCCCUGGACGCACAGCCUGAGCAGCUGGCCUUGAGGCCCAAGGAGUUCUUCCGAGCCUGUGGCGUCGAGGUCCUCACCGAGGCCCAGGUGGUCACGGUGGACAUGAGAAACAAGAAAGUCGUGUUCAAGGACGGCUUCAAGAUGGAGUACAGCAAGCUGCUGCUGGCACCGGGGAGCAGCCCUAAGACUCUGAGCUGCAAAGGCAAAGAGGUGGAGAACGUGUUCACCAUCCGGACACCCGAUGAUGCCAAUCGCGUGGUGAGGCUGGCCCGGGGCCGCAGUGCGGUGAUCGUGGGGGCCGGCUUCCUGGGGAUGGAGGUCGCUGCCUAUCUGGUGGAGAAGGCGCACUCAGUGUCCGUGGUGGAGCUGGAGGAGACACCCUUCAAGCGCUUCCUGGGGGAGCGUGUGGGUCGCGCGCUCAUGAAGAUGUUUGAGAACAACCGGGUCAAAUUCUACAUGCAAACGGAGGUGUUGGAGCUGCGGGCCCAGGAAGGAAAGCUGAAGGAGGUCGUGCUGAAGAGCAGCAAGGUCGUGCGGGCUGACGUCUGUGUUGUGGGCAUUGGCGCUGUGCCCGCCACGGGCUUCCUGAGGCAGAGUGGCAUCGAUCUGGAUUCCCGGGGCUUCAUCCCAGUCAACAAGAUGAUGCAGACCAAUGUUCCAGGCGUGUUUGCGGCUGGCGAUGCUGUCACCUUCCCCUUGGCCUGGAGGAACAAUAGGAAAGUGAAUAUCCCACACUGGCAGAUGGCUCAUGCGCAGGGGCGGGUGGCGGCCCAGAACAUGCUGGCGCAGGAGGCGGAGAUCAGCACUGUUCCCUACCUGUGGACGGCCAUGUUCGGCAGGAGCCUGCGCUACGCGGGGUACGGAGAAGGCUUCGACGACGUCAUCAUCCAGGGGGAUCUGGAGGAGCUGAAGUUCGUGGCUUUUUACACCAAAGGCGACGAGGUGAUCGCGGUUGCCAGCAUGAACUACGAUCCAAUCGUGUCCAAGGUUGCCGAGGUGCUGGCCUCAGGCCGUGCCAUCCGGAAGCGGGAGGUGGAGCUGUUUGUGCUGCACAGCAAGACCGGCGACAUGUCCUGGCUCACAGGGAAAGGAUCCUGAGUUCGCAUGCAGCAGACUUGGGCAGGCACCCUGGGGCACCAGGGACAGACACCAAGUCCUGGGGGCAGGUGCCAACCUCCACAAUUUCCCAGGAUUCCCCCAGGGCAAAACCUGAGCCCUCCCAGUGCUUGCCGUGGGCUGCCUGGCUCACCUCCACAGAGGCCAUUGCUGCCUCCAGGAGUUGCUUCCCCUGCAAGGCCUGGGCUGCUACUGAUGGCUGGCAGUGGAGGCGGGACAGGCCUUGCCUUGUCUCCCUGUACUGGGACCAGUCCCCUGUAGGACCCUGCAACACAUUAGACAUUAUCUUAAAAUUAAAACGCACACAUUUGCA